AUGCUUAUAGGCAGUAAACGCGUACAAACACAGUUGGUCUCAGAUUGCCCUGGCGGGUUCAUCAUAGAUGUUGGUGAACAUUUGCGAAGGCAUCUUUUCGCCUCCACCAAGACUGAUGACUUCUUAAAAGAUGUGCGGCGAUUAGCUGCAGAGAAUCUUGGUGUCAUUGUUCCAAUAACGAAGGAAGCUGCCACAUUAGACGAAUUUGCUCGCACUAGGCUCGGGUUAUGUAGCCGAGAUGAUCAAAUUACCUCCUAUGCCGAAUUUAAAGUGCAAAAAUACAGUCGUCGUCACGAACAACCCGUGCGUCGAUUACUUUGCCUUAGCGAAACAUGCCUUGUUGAACGUGAUCCAGCCACUUACGCUGUAGUCUGUGCAACUCCUUUGGAACAGAUUGUUUGUCUUGUUCGUUUGGAAAAGGAUCCACAGCAGUUCGUUGUGGAGUACAUGAAUGCUGAAGGCAGGGUGUACUCAGCUGCUGAAAGAGAUCUUAUCAUUGCAUCUCUUGUUGAUGGUAUACGUGCUGCUGGAAAUGAGCAGGUUUUUGUAACGAGCCAUAGGUUUGAUCAACCACUACGGCUACUACCUCAUGGUUUGUUGCUAGAUGAAGAUGGUGAAUCACAAUGCAUGCGCCACGUCAUCGCGCCUCCCCGU